UAGUACUAUAAUAUAUUAUUAAGGCGGCCGGCGGUUCUGGAAUUAUAUAUAUGGGAAAGUUGGUGUCACUUGGUUUAUAUAUUCUGGUCUUCAACUUGAUUGUACAUGACAAAGAUUCUCAACUUGAGAGAUUGGAUUUCCUUCUGAGAAAGAGAGAAAAAAAAAUAGAAUAAGAAGAAUUCAGGGUACACUUUCAGAUUCCAUAAAUGUUGUGACAGAUUAGCCAUGGCAACAAAUAUAGUUCCUGAAUUAUUAGCUGAGCAUAAUUAUCCAAACUGGAGUGCUUGCAUUAGGAACUAUCUGUUAGCUAAUGAUCUAUGGGACAUAAUUGAAGCAAACUUCGAACCUCCUGGUCCAAAAGAAUCUGAAGCUGAAUUUAGAUCUUGGAGGAGAAAGAAUGCGGCUAUUUUACAUGCGAUUCAAGUUUCUUGCACAUCAAUAAAACUUUCUCAAAUUAGAGAAAUUGAUUCAGCUAAAGUUUGUUGGGAUACUUUGGCAACAAUAUAUAAGCAACAAGAAUCAGAAGUUGAAGACGAUUCUGAUCCAGGAUCAGAAAAUGAAGAUGAUAGUGAUUCAGUUAGCAGGAGUCCUUUGUCUACAAUAUAUGAGCAAUCGGAAUUAGAAGAUGAAGAUGAAGAUGAAGAUGACACAGGUAAUUGAAUUCUUAUCUUGUAAAGGAUUUAACCAUAUUACCUAAUAUUUUACAUAAUCAGGUUAAUGGAAAAAAUGAAAUGGAAAAUUUCCAUUUCAAGUGAAAUGAAAUGGUAAAAAUGGAAGAACUCAAAAUAUGAUAGAAAAAUGAAGUAUUGAUAUGUAAGUAGCCUCUUUUGGAUCA